CACGACGGCCUAAAAGUCAAAUUUGAACCUGGCUUCGUUGAGGCAGCAACCCGUGACCUUAACAGUCUGCAUCUCUUCUCAUCUGAGACAGCAGAUCCGGACAGAACUUGUCAUCAACUCUUCACCGUUCUGGGACUGGGCUGUUCGUCGAUCUGAGAUCACCGGUUGCACCGGGAGCGGGGGCUCAGCCCAACAUUCUCUCCCAGCUUUCACAUAUACAGCCAACUGCUACCCGCAUCUUCACGAUUCGCACCUGGGAGGCACCCGAGUAUCGACCCGAACGCCGUCAGGCCGCUCACACAUCAUGGCAGGCCCAAGUCCACAUCCGGAACUGGACGGGCAGUCAAGGGUAGGCGAAAUCGUCGCCAUCCUCUCGGUCGCCAGCAUCCUCUCAACGCUGGUUGUCGCCCUACGGUGCUAUUCUCGCGCCGUCAUCCUACGGUCUUUUGGGCUAGAUGAUGCCGUCAUGGUUCCAGCACAGAUCUUGACACUGGCGUCAGCUCUAGCAAUCGGACUUGAAUCAAAAUAUGGCCUCGGCCGCCACAGCUGGGUGAUGCCUGAUGAAGACUACAUCCCUUAUAUGAAGUCCUUCUACAGUUCCAUUAUCGUCUACAACGUCGCAGUCUGCAUAACCAAGAUCUCGAUCCUGCUGCAGUACAAGCGCAUCUUCAACAACACGAUCCUCCGGAAGAUCAUCCUCGCCGGCCUGGCCUUCCUCACAUGCUGGACCAUCACGCUCUGUUUCCUCUUGCCGCUGGUCUGCGUGCCCGUCGCAGCCUUUUGGGACCCCAACGUCGAGGGGUUCUGCCUCAACAGCGGCACCAUCUGGUACGUCAUGGCGGGCGUCAACGUGUUCACCGACUUUGCCGUCUUCACGAUGCCCAUCCCGGUCAUCAGCUCGCUGCAGCUGCCCAAGAAGCAAAAGGCCAUGCUUCUGAUCGUCUUUACCCUCGGCAUCUUCCCCUGCGCCGUAUCCAUCUACCGCAUCAAAACGCUGCACUCGGCCGCCCGCACGGCCGACCCGACCUGGGACAACGUCGACGCCGCGACCUUCUCCUUCCUCGAGCUCUCGGUCGGCGUCAUCGCCGUGUGCCUGCCCACGCUGCGGCCCAUCCUGGUGCACGCCAUGCCGCGCAUCUUCGGCUCGCUGCUGCGGUCCGCGGGCCACGAUUACUCGGGCGGCGGCGGCGGCGGGCGCUACGCGAGCCGCAGCCGCGGCCGCGGCCCGCCCACCAUUGGCGGGACCGGUGGCGGCGCCGGGUCGUCAGGCUUCAAGGGGAGUACGCUGCUGCGUGAGUCGGAGAGCACCGAGGGGCUGCGGGCGUCCGACGAGGAGGCUGUGCUGCCGCGGUCGCGCAGCCGGAUGGGGGACAAUGACAUCGAGUUCGGCGUGCUUGAGAAGGGUGGGCCGGCGGGCAAGGCCGGGGGCAAGGGGUAUAGUGUGAGCGUGGUAGCUGGCGGCGGAUGGGAGGAGCCGGAAGCGGGUAUUAUUGGUCGGUUGGCGUCUAGGGAUGGGGAGAGCAGGAAUGUGAUGAACGGGAUCCAGAAAACGACGACCGUGGUCAUGCAGAAGGUGACGCUUGCUGGGCAGCUGGGGGAGGAGGAGGACGGAGGAGGGAAGAGGCAUGGCACUAAAGAGACCAUGUUGAGGGUAUGAUGGGAUACUCUCCUGCCGCACCAAGGAUUUGCUAUCCAUGUUUACUGUACAAUACGUGACACUUUAGUAAGUUUCCAAAGAUACCCAAGGUUGCAUACGACUUUUAAUCCCUGCUUACAAAAAGGGCGUUGGCUCAAGCAUUCCCUCUUCCAUCCGCUUUGGUCCCUGGUAGUCCAUGAAGUUUCUG